AUUGACAACUUGAUAUGUAAAAUUGUGUAGUAUUAAUUGCCAUGACUCUUCAGUAUAAAUAUUUAUGCACUCAAUUUAGUAUUAUUUCUUGAAAUGUCUCUAAAAUUGGAAGAUAGUACAAUAGAAAAUAUAUCCUCUUUACUAGAUACUCUGUCUAGGGAAGUGCUCUCACAGAAUAAAGGCACAGAACCUGUACAAAAUGAUCUUUUCUAUGUAUUGAUUAUUGUUUUGAUGCUAGAAAAUGGAUUUCUGCCAGUUAUUAAUGAUUCCGAGGUUAUGGAAAAUAUUAAUUCUUAUGAUGUUCAACAUUUAAUACCUAAAAAAUUGGAGACUGGGCUGUAUGAGGCUAAGUUUGUAAUGUUUGGGUGUCCAGACUUUCCAUUGAAGCUUAUUAUAAGUCCACUGGGUGCACUGAUGUUAAUAAAUUUGAUGAUUAAUGACAUGAAUGGUGAAAUUUAUUCUGUUUGUUUACCGAUCAGUCGCUAUGUUGUGUCACCUCGAGCUUCAACAAUUCCUAUGAUAUUUCGUGAUUUAAAGCAUCUCUCAGUUACUUUCAAGAACAAAGUUUUAUCAGCAGUAAAAAGCAAGAUUCUUAGUUACUAUGGAUAUCCCAGUGCCAGUUUAGUUGGCCUUCCAGAUGAGAUAAUAAUGUUUAAUAUUCUGCCUUACCUACCUGUUAGAGAUGUAUUAAACAUAUCAGAAACUUGUAAGCGUCUAAAAGCUGUAGCGAGCAAUGAAGGAUUAUGGCGAGAAAUGUAUAAAAGAGAUUUCAAGGAUAAUACAUCUGUUGAAACGAGUUGGAAGACAUUAUAUAAAGAAAAAUAUUUAUCACAAGAUAAAACAAAAAGUACAUCCAGUAGAAACAUACAGGAUCACCAUUCAGUUACUUCAUUUUAUCCGGAUGAUAGAAAUAUACCCUUUUAUAUUUUUCCAUUACGAGAUGUGAUAUAAUUUUAUUUUUCAAUUAAAGGAG